UAGCGUCAUAACGCGGCAGCGAGCGUCUUCCAAAAUGGCGUCCAGAUAUUAUCAAGAGAUGCAAGAGAGUUUCAGAAAUAACAACAAAAGCAGGGAAUUCCCUGCGCAUAGCGCUAAAGUUCAUUCAGUAGCAUGGAGUUGCGACGGCAGGAGGUUGGCAUCUGGAUCUUUUGAUAAAACAGCAAGCGUAUUUGUCUUGGAAAAAGACCGUUUGGUGAAAGAGAACAACUACAGAGGCCAUGGAGACAGUGUUGAUCAGCUGUGUUGGCAUCCUACCAACCCAGACGUGUUUGUCACUGCAUCAGGGGACAAGACCAUACGCAUCUGGGACGUCAGAACAACAAAGUGCACGGCUACUGUCAACACUAAAGGGGAAAACAUCAACAUCUGCUGGAGUCCCGAUGGCCAAACGAUAGCCGUUGGGAACAAGGAUGAUGUGGUUACCUUCAUCGACGUCAAAUCACACCGGUCACGGGCUGAGGAGCAGUUUAAGUUUGAAGUCAACGAGAUCUCGUGGAAUAAUGACAACGACAUGUUCUUUCUCACCAAUGGAAAUGGGUGCAUCAACAUCUUGAGUUACCCCGAGCUGAAGCCCAUCCAGUCGAUCAACGCCCACCCCUCCAACUGCAUCUGCAUCAAGUUUGACCCCACGGGGAAGUACUUUGCCACAGGCAGUGCAGAUGCCCUGGUCAGUCUGUGGACCGUUGAAGAACUGGUCUGUGUUCGCUGUUUUUCCAGGUUGGACUGGCCAGUGAGAACAUUGAGUUUCAGCCAUGAUGGGAAGAUGCUGGCUUCAGCCUCCGAGGACCACUUCAUAGACAUAGCAGAGGUUGAAACAGGAGAGAAGCUGUGGGAGGUCCAGUGUGAGUCUCCUACGUUCACAGUAGCCUGGCAUCCUAAGAGACCGCUGCUGGCCUACGCAUGUGAUGACAAGGAAGGGAAGUAUGACAACAAUAGAGAGGCAGGCACUGUCAAACUGUUUGGAUUACCUAAUGAUUCCUGAGUGGGAGUCGAGGCAGGCGCUGUCAAACUGUUUGGAUUACCUAAUGAUUCCUGAGUGGGAGUCGAGGCAGGCGCUGUCAAACUGUUUGGGAUUACCUAAUGAUUCCCGAGUGGGAGUCGAGGCAGGCGCUGUCAAACUGUUUGGGAUUACCUAAUGAUUCCCAAGUGGGAGUCGAGGCAGGCGCUGUCAAACUGUUUGGGAUUACCUAAUGAUUCCUGAGUGGGAUCAAACACACACGUCUCUUGAUUCACUCUUUAAACUGAGUUUAUGCGGAUGAUUGGCCCUACUUUGUGGAGGCAUGUUACCUAUCCCUGUGCUGCAAGACUUCUUCUUUAUAUGUUCAAUACAACAUCCUUGACUUUUGGUCCUUUUUAAAUACAGCCAGAAGGGAUGUCUGUUUAAAUAGCUACGUCAUGUAAACUGAUAUUUCUCCAGAAGUCAAAUCCUCAAUGUUCUUCUACUGUUUUUAUUUUAUUUCUAGAGAGAGUGCCAUCUUAGAUGUAAAAUGAACAGAUAAUUACAGUGGUUCUGAUAAGGGAAGAGGGCCUAGAGUUGCCCUGAAGGGAAGAGGGCCUAGAGUUGCCCUGAAGGGAAGAGGGCCUAGAGUUGCCCUGAAGGGAAGAGGGCCUAGGGUUGCCCUGAAGGGAAGAGGGCCUAGGGUUGCCCUGAAGGGAAGAGGGCCUAGGGUUGCCCUGAAGGGAAGAGGGCCUAGGGUUGCCCUGAAGGGAAGAGGGCCUAGGGUUGCCCUGAAGGGAAGAGGGCCUAGGGUUGCCCUGAAGGGAAGAGGGCCUAGGGUUGCCCUGAAGGGAAGAGGGCCUAGGGUUGCCCUGAAGGGAAGAGGGCCUAGGGUUGCCCUGAAGGGAAGAGGGCCUAGGGUUGCCCUGAAGGGAAGAGGGCCUAGGGUUGCCCUGAAGGGAAGAGGGCCUAGGGUUGCCCUGAAGGGAAGAGGGCCUAGGGUUGCCCUGAAGGGAAGAGGGCCUAGGGUUGCCCUGAAGGGAAGAGGGCCUAGGGUUGCCCUGAAGGGAAGAGGGCCUAGGGUUGCCCUGAAGGGAAGAGGGCCUAGGGUUGCCCUGAAGGGAAGAGGGCCUAGGGUUGCCCUGAAGGGAAGAGGGCCUAGGGUUGCCCUGAAGGGAAGAGGGCCUAGGGUUGCCCUGAAGGGAAGAG